AUGCUCCGCUCCGCUGUGUGCCUUGCCGGCAAGGACGUGCGCUUUGGCGAAGAGGCCCGCCGCUCCAUGCAGAAGGGCGUCACUCGCGCUGUGGCUGCGGUAGCGACGACGCUGGGGCCGAAGGGUCGCAACGUGAUCAUCGAGCAGGCCUACGGCGCGCCGAAGAUCACGAAGGAUGGUGUGACCGUUGCCAAGGCGAUCGAGUUCAAGGAUCGCUUCGAGAACAUGGGUGCGCAGCUGGUACGCCAGGUGUGCAACCAGACGAACGACUUGGCUGGCGACGGCACCACGACCUCUGCAGUGCUUGUGGACAGCAUCUUUGGCGAGGGCCUCAAGUGCAUUGCCCAGGGCACGAACCCGAUCGACAUGAAGCGUGGCAUGGAUGUCGCGGUCCACUACGUACAGACGAGCCUGCUGAAGCAGUCCCGCCCGAUCAAGGGAACUGAGGAUAUCGUUCGCGUUGCCACCAUCUCGGCCAACGGCGAUAAGGAGAUCGGCGAGAUGAUCGGUCAGGCGAUGGACAAGGUCGGUCGCGACGGCGUCAUUACGGCGCAGGACGGCAAGACGAUGGCCACUGAGCUGGAGGUUGUGGAGGGCAUGAAGAUCGAGCGUGGGUUUCUCAGCCCGUACUUCGUGACGGAUGCGAAGGUGCAGAAGGCAGAGCUCGAGGACUUGAAUGUGCUUGUAUCCAAGAAGAAAAUUAGCACCAUCCAGACGUUGCUUCCCGCCCUCAACCACGUCGCUCAGCAAGGCCGCCCGCUUCUGAUCAUCGCCGACGAUGUGGAGAGCGAGGCGCUGACAACGCUGAUCUUCAACAAGUUGCAGGGCAAGCUGAAGGUGUGCUGCGUCAAGGCGCCGGGCUUCGGCGACACUAAGGAGGGCAUGCUCGAGGAUAUCGCUGUUUUCACUGGCGCUAAAGUGGUGGGAGACGAGAACACCGGCGUGGAGCUGGAUGCCAGGAGCUUCGACCCCUCCAUCCUCGGCUCUGCAAAGAAGGUGACAGUGACGAAGGACGAUACAGUGAUGCUGAACGGCGGCGGCGAUGCGGCGGCGGUGAAGGAGCGCCAGCAGUUGCUGCGCGAUCGCAUCGAGCAGGAGGCUGUGGAGUACAAUCGGGAGAAGCUGCAGGAGCGUCUGGCGAAGCUGAGCGGCGGCGUGGCCGUCAUCAAGGUGGGUGGCGGCUCGGAAGUGGAGGUGAGCGAGAAGAAGGACCGCGUCGUGGACGCUGUAUGCUCCACUCGCGCUGCGGUGCAGGAGGGCAUCGUGGCGGGCGGUGGCACGGCUCUGCUGCGCGCCAGCAAGGAGCUGGAGGCUCUCGCCAACGACGGUUCCCUCACCCGCGAUCAGCGCACGGGUGUGACCAUCGUGCGUAAUGCCAUCCGUCUGCCGGCUAUGAAGAUUGCCGCGAACGCUGGCAAGGAGGGUGCGGUUAUUGUGGAGAAGGUGCUGGAGGCUUCCGAGGAGAGCACCGGCUACGAUGCGCAGAACGACAAGUACGUGAACAUGUUCGAGGCUGGCAUCAUCGACCCCACCCGCGUCGUGCGUGUGGCCAUCAGCGAUGCGACGUCUGUGGCGAGUCUGAUGAUGACGGCCGAGGCCGCCAUUGUUGAGGCUCCAAAGGAGUCCAAGGCCAAGAAUGGCAAGAGAUCCGCUGCCGCUGAGACGGAGGAUGACGAGGAGCUGUUCGGCAGCUACUAG